GAUACGACCAGGAAGAUCGAUGAACUGGAACCUGCAUGGAGCCAGGCUGCAAAAUAUGCAUAUCACCGCGUUUGUUUUCUGGUCCCAUCCGUCAUGCAGCGCAGUCAAGUCGGAAGGGGAGGAAGCCUGGAGGAAGUAACUUCGUUUCCAGCCGCAUCUCCACUGAAGAACCACUUGUUGGAUCGGCGCUUGUCAUGCUCGUCAUGCCAUCCUCGGCUCCGGUGGGCGGGCGGCGCGCUCAAUUCCUCACUGACGGGCGAACAAAGCCGGUCGUGCCCAACGUCAAGGUGCCUUUUGACCAGCCACUCCCGCCUAGGCGGCGAAGGAUCUUGGCGGGUGGCUCUGUCGGACCGGACGGAGGAGCAGUGAAUUCGAUCGUCACUCUAACGUUUCUAUUUCGCCUCAAACCCUCGUGGGAACGUUACACCUCGCUGCGGUUGUGUUCAAUCUUCACCGACUUCAUGGAUCCGGAACUCCAGGACCGCCGAACAGUCUUUAGUCCGUUUCCGACUUGUGACUCCCCAGUAUAUGAAUUUUCUCUCGAGAUGGAUGCGCUGGCUUUUUGUGAAUGCAGGAACACAUCGGCGGCGGGAUCUGACCGCUCGAUGCACUUUGUAUUCCGUAUCGAUGCUCCGGAAAAAUAUGAAGCGGCUACAGAAGGCGGUCUGUCGCUAUCCGUAGACGGUGAAGAAACAAGGAAUGUUCGUGAUGGCAAUGAGAUUCGCAUGGUAGAGAGUUGGUGACUCCUCGUCCAUGAAGGUGGCUGGAGCACCAGCCACACUUGCAGAGGUGAUGGUGAAGUGUGGCGCGACGAUAGUGUGGCGUAAUACGGAGCAGACUCCCCGUCAACAAACCAGCCUGAGUCGGACGAAUCCCGGAAACAACAGAUACGCCAACCUGUGAGAAUGCGUUCUUUUUUACACUGUCGGCGGCCGAAACACGGGCCCAUCACAUGCCUUCAUGUGUAACUCCGAGACGUCAAGAAAUCUAGAG